AGGCAAAAGAGAGGGAGACAGGACGUGGUGGAGUGGAAUAAAAACUAACAAGAAAUACUUACAGGGGGAGAAGCAUACGGCUCUCAAUCUACCCAGAAAGGACAAUCCAAAGAGACGUGGGUACCAAAUUACGCUCAUUACGCACGGGGACUUGUUGGAUUGCCCUUUACGUUUGCGCGUCUUGUUUUUUUUCCUUGGCAUUGGGGGAGUAGAAGAGUAGUUUUGUUGCUUCUUCCUGGUGGCUGGAGAGCGCUGCUGAAGCUAAAACAGCAGAAAGAGGCAAAGCUGGUGAGAAAAGCGCACAAGGAAGGUCUCAAAUGCUACUUCCUGUGUCAAUAGCCCCUUCUUCACGCUGCUAUUUUCAAACUGCUGUACUCUGACACUACUUGUUUGCGUUUGGACAAUAGAUUUUGAAGUUGAGACAUUCAUUUAUCUACGUUUUUGUCAGCCUGUCAUAUGGAGUUUGAUCCGUUACUUUUGAACACAAGCAUUGAAAGUUUUAUAGCUGUUAUUACCAUUUUCUUUUAGGCUGUAAACAUGCUAUGAGAUAUAAUCUUUAGUUGCUGGCACAUGUCUCCCUGUUUAGCUUUAUAACACAUUAAUACAUCUCAAAUUUGAACCAAAAAACCUCUACUUUUGUCAGAUUUAACUUGUGAUUAUUGGCUAUACUGUUUUUUUUUGUUUUAUUGUCUCACUUGUUGCUGAUUUUAGGAACUGUCCUUUGUAACUUUGACAGUGCCCCACUGUAUCAUUUAAAAUAAUAUUUUAAUUACAUUAUUUGUCAGUCGUUUGAAACUAUGCAAUGGUACGACAAUUUGAACGUGUCCCUGUAAGAUUACUUCAGCACAGGACAUCAUUACUGUUCAUUUGAACCAAUAUUGCAGCUAUGAGGGCAUUUACAAACUCUUUUAAGCAAUAUUAACUAUAUAUUUGUAGCCACAGGGCUUGGUCAAAUCAAAUUUCUAUAAUACAUUACACUGGUGUUUAUAUACUAAGCAAUGAAUAGUUCUCAAUGUACUGCAGUUUAUAGCAAUAACCUACGUAAUCUUAAGGAUCUGAAUAGCCUUUUAAUAUAUGACUUUGAUGUUUGAGAGAUUUCAAGUUGUAUUAAGUAAAUAUAUCCUCUCUAGAAGCCCUAAUUUCGGAAUAGCCUUUGCUUAUUUUACUGUAUUGUGUUGAGAAAACCCCUGCACAAUGCAAUGGAGCAUAUUUUUUUGGGAUAAAUCUCUCAAAAUUGACCAAAAUCUUGAUGCUUGAUUUUUUCUGACUGUCGCUGUCACUCUUGCAUCCAGCUAUCCAAUGAGCUAUUAUUUUUAUGCAGUGAGGGCAAUCUUUUUUUUAUUUUUUUAUUUAGAAGUUUAACAUUUGACACCAUCUCCUUUUGAAUUUUGGACACUGCUCUAUCAACAUCUUAAUACAGCAGAUGUAUUGACAUUCAGACCACCUAUGACCACAAGAGGACAAUCAUAAUGGCCAAAGUUUUGCGUAUUUGAGCAUCCCAUUAUGGAGCAGGAGGAGGACAAGCCAGUUCAAGAUCUGGCAGAAAAUCCAGCUCUGGAUCUCGGGGAUCCGGAUGUUGAAGUGGGGUCAUCGUCUACCACGUCUUCGAAUGCAUCACCGAGCGCCAUACCCAAUGCUGAGGUGUCUUGCACUGAACCAGCCCCCCAAAUCCACCACCACAACAAGCCAUUCACUCUACGCAUCUUCGGUAGGAGAAAAGCCAUUGCGAAGUCCAGUCUCCAGCACAUGGGUCCCACCUCCACAGAACCGCGUCCAGAGCCUAGCAGCUCCAUCGACUGGACCGAAAAUGCACAGUUUGGUGACCACAUCUGGUUUGAGACGAGUGGCUCUGGAGAUUUCUGUUACGUGGGGGAACAGUACUGCGUCGCAAAGUCCCUGCAAAAGUCAGUGGCCCGAAAGAAGUGUGCUGGUUGUAAGAUUUCAGUCCAUACGAUGUGCAUGGAGCAGCUGGAGAAGAUAAACUUCAGGUGCAAGCCUUCAUUUAGGGAACCAGGAUCUCGGACUGUCAGAGAGCCGAGCGUUGUGAGGCAUCACUGGGUGCACAGGAGGCGGCAGGCGGGGAAAUGUCGCCAAUGUGGAAAGGGAUUUCAGCAGAAGUUUUCAUUUCACAGUAAAGAGAUUGUGGCCAUCAGCUGCUCAUGGUGUAAACAGGCUUAUCACAAUAAGGUGACGUGCUUCAUGCUGCAGCAGAUCGAGGAGUGCUGUUCUUUAGGAGCUCACGCCGCUGUCAUAGUUCCGCCCACAUGGAUAAUUCGAGUCCGAAAGCCACAGACAUCUUUAAAAUCCAGUAAAAAGAAGAAGAGGACAUCACUGAAAAGCAAUAAGUCGAGCAAAAAGGGAGCAGAGCUUCAGGAUGGUCGGUGGAAGGCGUUCUUAGUGAAGCCUCUUCCCUCUCAGUUAAUGAAACCUCUCUUAGUGUUUGUGAACCCAAAGAGUGGUGGAAAUCAGGGAGCAAAAAUCAUCCAGUCCUUCAUGUGGUAUCUAAACCCUCGGCAGGUGUUUGAUCUGUCAAAGUCUGGACCCAAAGACGGGUUAGAGCUCUAUGCCAAAGUGCCAAAUUUACGAAUACUGGCCUGUGGAGGAGAUGGAACGGUGGGUUGGAUUUUAUCAGUGCUUGACCAGUUGAAGAUUCGGCCUCCACCACCAGUCGCCAUCCUACCGCUUGGGACAGGGAACGACUUGGCCCGCACACUCAACUGGGGUGGGGGUUACACAGAUGAGCCCAUAACGAAGAUCCUGUCCCAUGUGGAGGAUGGGAACAUAGUGCAGUUAGACCGAUGGGACCUCCAGGUGGAGCCAAACCCAGAGGCGCGGCCUGAGGACAGAGACGAACAUCAGACUGAUAAACUCCCCAUUGACGUCUUCAAUAACUACUUCAGUCUGGGCUUCGAUGCUCACGUCACACUGGGCUUCCAUGAAUCGAGAGAGGCUAAUCCAGAGAAGUUCAACAGUCGAUUCAGGAAUAAAAUGUUCUAUGCAGGAACGGCCUUCUCCGAUUUCCUGAGUGGGAGUUCCAAAGACCUCGCCAAGCACAUCCGAGUCGUGUGUGAUGGAACAGACCUCACAGCCAAAAUCCAAGAUCUGAAGCUUCAGUGCCUCCUAUUCCUCAACAUCCCCAGGUACUGUGCUGGGACAGUGCCAUGGGGAAACCCGGGAGAGCACCAUGACUUCGAGCCUCAGAGACACGAUGACGGCUACAUCGAGGUCAUCGGCUUCACCAUGACGUCACUGGCAACGCUGCAGGUGGGUGGUCACGGCGAGCGGCUGCAUCAGUGCCGAGAGGUGACUCUGAGCACGUUCAAGUCCAUCCCAAUGCAGGUGGACGGAGAACCCUGUAAACUCGCCCCCUCCAUCAUCCAGAUCAGACUGCGCUCCCAGGCCAACAUGGUCCAGAAAGCCAAGAGGAGGAUCUCCAUGCCCCACCUCAACGAUCAACAGCCGGUGCCAGAGAAGCUCCAGAUUCGGGUGAACAGGAUCAGUAUGGCAGCAUAUGAAGCUCUACACUAUGACAAAGACCAGCUCAAAGAGGCCUCCACUCCCCUGGGUCUUAUCACUGUACCUGGAGACUGCGAUCUGGAAACCUGUCGACGGCAUAUAGAGAGACUGCAGGAUGACACUGACCAGGACAGUGAUCCGAUGAGAGGAGAGUGUUUUUCAUCUCAGAAACUGUCCAUGAAGUGGUGUUUCCUUGACAGUACUACUGCUGACCGUUUCUACAGGAUUGACAGAGCUCAGGAACAUCUGAACUACGUGACCGAGAUCUCUCAGGAGGAGCUGUAUAUUCUGGACCCAGAGUUGGUGCAGACAGAGACAGUGGGGACGUCCCCUGCCAUGCCAGACCUCGUGGACUCAGACGAACAGAGAGAGUUCAGCUUUGGCUCCACCCCCACCUCUCCCUCCACACCCACCAACUCUGGAGCCAACAGGGUCCGAGAUUUUCAGAGGAAGAGGAUUUCUAGUGACAGCUCAGUGACUGAUGCUUUGUCUCAAAACUCAAAGGCUCAGCUCUGCAGGAGAGGGGCAAAGAUUCUCAAUGUGCACCGUUCCAAUACAACCCUCGCCGAUUUCAGGCCCAUGAUUAGUUCAACAACUCCAGUCCCACGCAACACUGAAAAAGAUGCUGAGUUAAUAGAAUGUGUAAAAACUGAAAACUUGAGCAGAUUGAUAUUGCUGCACCAGCAGGGGGCAGACCUGCUGCUUCAGGACCAGAACGGCUGUACCCUGCUCCAUCACACGGUGGAUGUUGGCAGCAAAGACAUUAUGAAGUACCUCAUAGACAAUGUGCCCACUUUUCACCUGGACAUCACAGAGAAGGAGACAGGAGAGACGGCACUGCACAAAGCGGCCAGUUCAUGUCAGAGGACCAUCUGUCACUUCCUGGUGGAGGCUGGAGCUUCACUCAUGAAAACUGACCUUCAGGGGGAGACUCCUAAACAGCGAGCAGAGAAAGCAGCAGACCACGACUUAGCUGAAUAUUUGGAAAACCGCCAACAUUAUCAGAUGAUCCAGAGAGAGGACCAGGAGACAGAGGUCUGACCCGAAAAAACUGUAGUCAUGUUUUUUUAGUACUAUACUGUUAAUGUUCAAUAAUAAGUGUCUUUAAACCAGGAACACUGCAUCUCCACUGACAAUGAAUGUAGACCAUAUACAAACAGAGCUAAUGAGGAGAGAGUAGCUAAGAUUUUGAGUGAAACUUGGGUUUAUAGAACUAUGUUUUUAUAUGUACUGUAUGGUGUAAAAAGUCAUUGUGGUCCCAAUAAUGAAAAGGAACAACUAGAAUACAAGUUAAAAAUAUAAAAAAAACCACAACUGAAAUGUAACUUUGUCAUCUAUAUAUAUAAUGUGAUGUAAAUAUAGAGAUAAUGGUUUAUAGGCUGCAUUCACACUUGAACUAGACCAUAGCUAAUCCUGGAUUAGAAAAGGACCAAAACUACAACAUCAGUCUACAUCAGAACUAUGCUGGCUUAACUAUCUUCUUGUUACUGCCGUUUGUUUAGGAAAUACUCAGAUUUAAAAUUUAUUUUAAAUGUACAAUACUCUUGUUAUUUAUGAUUACAAGGAUCAAUGGAAAAAAGAUGUUUUAUUUUUUAGAAAUUAAUUCUAGUUGUUUCUAUUUAUUUUCAUUGGGAACACAGUUACAGCUGCCAUGUAUGACCCUAUUUCACUAUACUCAAAUCACUUAAAGAAUAAGUCCACACAAACAUGGGUAUUUUUUUUUUUUAUAUUUACUUUCACAUUCCAUUCCAUCAGAUUUAUAGGCCCAUUUGCUUAUAAAGUUGGCAUAGAUAUUAUCAUUUCUUAUAAAACCCUAUUUCUUUAACCAAUAUUGAAUCUCUCUCUCAGUGUCACUUUACAGUGCACAUGGCCACUAAUCUGUACCAACCACUUCAAAUCAUUCACACCCCACAAUCAUAUAGAUCAAGUGGGUGAAGUGUCUUGCCCAAGAACAUUACACUAGUCCAAGCCAUGUGUUCACUGAUCAAGAGGUAGUGUCUGUAAACCAUUAUUAUAUUAUAAGCAAUAAACCAUAGCCAUAUUUGUGUGGACAAUGCAAAAUGAUAAACCUUGACUAGAAACAAGUUGGUGCCUCUGUCAUACAAAUAUGUCACAUCUUUAAUCCCUACAGCCACCAUUCAUUUUACCUCUAGAUGCUUUUAUUGCCAUAUAUUUUAGAAUGACUGCAAAAACGUGUCUUUUUAAGCAUUUAGUGACCGUUUGGAUGUAUUUGUUUACUAUUAAAUGUCACAUAUUUAACUUUUAGUCACUUCUUAUUGAGCUAUUUAUAUUUUUAGACAUAGAUAACACUUGCUUGGGAUUAAUACAUUGGAGCAAGCUGCCUCCUGCUUCUCACUUUUCCUUAUAUUGUGGAUUUAUGUUCAGAAUUAGUAAAUGUACUCUAUAUAAGAUGUUUUUGUAACUUUGUCUGUUACAUACCAAAAUGCAAAGGGUGAUGCUUUUACUGUGUUGUAUAGAGUCUGUGUAUAUUCAGUGUUUUAAUGGCCCCAAGCCUGUUUUUCUGCCAAAGCAGUGGAGAUUGUAUUAAUAGUGACUGCAACUAUAAGAUGUAAUGUUGUAUAAUAUCAUAUGGAGUAAGAAUGUUUGGUUUUAUCAUUUCGGAGUGACCUGCAAUAAAGCAUGUCAGUAA